AUGGUUAUCACUCACCAUACUUUGGCAUUUGCAUUUGGCAUGCUAGGUAAUGUCAUUUCGUUCUUGGUAUUCUUGGCUCCAGUGCCAACAUUUUACCGAAUAUACAAGAAGAAAUCGACGGAAAGUUUUCAGUCACUGCCUUACUUGGUGGCAUUAUUCAGUUCAAUGCUUUGGUUGUACUAUGCGUUACUUAAAAGAGAUGCUGUUCUUCUCAUUACCAUUAAUUCAUUUGGAUGUGUUAUAGAGAUCAUCUACAUCGUCUUGUACAUCAUCUAUGCAACCAGGGAUGGUAGGAACUUGACUGUCAAGCUAUUUUCGGCGAUGAAUAUUGGCUCCUUUGCUUUGAUCCUCUUAGUCACAAACUUUGUUGUGCAUGGUCCCCUCCGUGUCCAAGUCCUCGGAUGGAUUUGUGUUUCCAUUUCAGUCAGUGUCUUUGCAGCACCGCUAAGCAUCGUGGCACAAGUUGUUCGCACAAAGAGUGUAGAGUUUAUGCCUUUCAAUUUGUCAUUUACCCUAACAUUGAGUGCCAUAAUGUGGUUUGGUUAUGGUCUCUUUCUCAAGGACAUAUGCAUCGCUCUCCCAAAUGUGCUUGGUUUUGUGCUGGGGUUACUUCAAAUGGUGGUUUACGCAAUUUACAGAAAAGGAAAUAAGAAGAGUAAUACAAAGGAAAAGAAUCCAAUGGAGCCACUGAAGAACAUUGUUGUAGCGAGCCCGUUGGGAACUGGAGAAGUGUUUCCUGUGGAGGAAGAUGAAGAUGCAAAAAAGAGCGAAGAAGUUGAUAAAGAGGAGAAAAAGAGUGAAGAAUGCGCGUCGGAUAUGCAGGAUUCCCUCCACUAUUCUAACCUUUUGUUAGGCGACAAGUUUAACUCAUCUCUGCCCACCACUAAAUCAAAGGUUGUCUUGUGUGUUACUGUUGACAUCACUACAUUCAAUAUGUUGGUUCCCUCCAUCCAUCCUCAUUAUUGUGGUUCCCCAAAGUCUAAAGCACAAACAACAUCAAUGGCUAUCAGCCACAGUACUUUGGCAUUUGCCUUCGGCAUGCUUGGUAACGUCAUUUCGUUCUUGGUAUUCUUGGCUCCACUAACAACAUUUUACCGAAUAUUCAAGAAGAAAUCAACUGAGGGGUUUCAAUCACUGCCUUACCUGGUGGCAUUGUUCAGUUCCAUGCUUUGGUUGUACUAUGCCUUACUCAAAAAAGACGCUUUUCUUCUCUUGACUAUUAACUCAUUUGGAUGUGUCAUAGAGAUCAUCUACAUCAUCUUGUACAUCAUCUAUGCGACCAGGGAUGCUAGGAACAUAACUUUAAAGCUAUUUUCGGCAAUGAAUGUGGGCUCCUUCGUUCUGAUUCUCUUAGUCACACAUUUUGCCGUGCAUGGUUCCUUCCGUGUCCAAGUCCUUGGAUGGAUAUGUGUUUCCCUUUCGAUCAGCGUCUUUGCAGCACCACUAAGCAUUGUGGCACAAGUUGUUCGAACAAAGAGUGUUGAGUUCAUGCCUUUCAAUUUGUCAUUCACCCUCACAUUGAGUGCCAUAAUGUGGUUUGGUUAUGGUCUCUUUCUCAAGGACAUAUGCAUUGCACUUCCAAAUGUACUGGGUUUUGCACUGGGAUUAAUUCAGAUGCUGCUUUAUGGCAUUUACCGGAAUGGCAAUAAGAAGGGAGAGAAAAUGGAAAAGAAGGCACGGGAAGAGCCACUGAAAAGCGUUGUCAUAGCUAGCACUGGGCCUUUAGAAAGUGGUGAUGAGGUGUUUCUUGUGGAGGAAAACCAGCAAGGAAAGAAGAGCAAAGAAAAUAAUGAGGAGAAGGAGAAAAGUGAUGAGCCUAACGAUUGCUCAGUCUAA